AUGCCUGAAAAUAAUGAUGGUGCCAAAGUCUGCGCACAAAAACAUGGGGAUAAUUGCAAUGAUGGGUCAGCUGGUUGCAUAAAUAAUGAGAUCAACAAUGGUGCUAAAGGAGAUGGAUUAGAGGCUAUUGAAAGCUUUGAGAAAAGCACCAUUGGGAUAGACAUAAACAUGUGUAUGAUGGGUCUGCAAGGAUGCUGUGUAACUCGUAGGUAUUUCGUUUUUGUGAAAAAGGUUACUAUGAGGGAUUCAUCGCUUGUCAAGACCUGCCAUGGCAUCCACUAA